UUUUGUUUAUAAACUUCAUAACCUCAAUUUUAAUUGGUACUAAAUUUGAGCGCAAAAUAUGUAACAAUUGUAUAAAUUUAAAAUUUGUCGUUUAUAAGAAAAAUAAAUAAAAUUCAUUGUUAAAAAACUAUUCUAUCAGUAAAUAUGAGUGUAAAGGAUGUACCUAUAUUAACAAAUGCCAAUGUCUAUGCCUUGGCAUCAACAAAAUCAGUAAGGCAGAGUAUUCAAACUUUGAAAAUCCACAGAAUUUUUAUAAAUUAUGACAACAAAAUAACAGUUGACAAACUAUUUGAUAUAUUAUUUGCCAUGGUAGGAAAUUCGUCGUUUUGUCCUACGAAUGUUAAAACAGAAGACAACUGCUUAACCUUCUGCGUCCAGAAAUGUGCAUCAGCUUUAGAUAAAUUGUUUAAGAAUAACUUAGUUCUUAAAGACGGUUACAACGCUUAUUAUAUUAAAGUGCAAUUGUGUUACCAGCUUGCUAACAACCAAGAUAUACCAAGUGAAUUCCUGCAUCAACUUUUCAAUAAACGUUUCAAUCUUAAUGUACUUAACCUCGAAGGCAUUGCUAGUGAGAUAACUAAAAAGGAUAUAUACAUGUCCCCGAAUAAUUUAAUUUCCAUCGGGGCUUAUUUAUAUCAAUUUCUGUUUGCUUCUGGACAAAAUUUCACAUCUGUAAUUCGAACCAUACGAUUGAAUAAUAAUGGCCUGAAAGAUCUGCAAGGAAUUAAAUACUUAUUGGUGUUUACCAAUUUGACUUCACUUUAUCUAAGAAAUAAUUUAUUGGGAGAUGUUUCUGUAUUGGAGCCUUUGAACACCAAAUCAUUGGACAUAACUGAUCUCUGGUUAGACGGCAAUCCUCUAUGUGAUAAGUACACCGAUGAAGCUAGUUAUAUCAAAGACGCUAAAUCCUAUUGUAAUAACCUUGUAAAAUUAGAUGGAACUUUGCUCAAAACUGGUUUGCCCCAGUCCAGGAGAAACUUUGUAUGUGACAAUGAAGCUGCACAAUUAGUAGAUCAAUUUAUGGAACAUUACUUUACAGUUUUUGAUAUUUGUAGAAAGAAUCUAGUGGAUUUAUAUGACGCAAAUGCACUAUUCUCAUUAAGUUCAUCCCUUACACCAACAAUGCUAACCGGUUCAAGUCCUUCCAAAGUAUUUUCCUCUGCCAGUCGCAAUAUUUUACGCUUAUCUGAUAUAACUAGAGGACAAGAUCAAUUGCACAAAGGAGCAGAAAACAUAAUCAAAUUUCUGGAUACGCUUCCUAAAACCCAGCAUGACCCUUAUACAUUUACAAUAGAUAUCGUCCAACACGAUGCAUAUAGCACAACUAUCAUGGUCACCGGGAUGUUCAGGGUUUUCUCAAAUAAUCCUGAUACAUUUUAUAACUUUUCUAGGACAUUUCGAAUAAUUCACUGCGGUCACAAUAAAUUCAAAAUUUUCAAUGAACUAUUAGCAAUCACUAAUUCUGUUACAAAUUACCCCAAAGGUUUUACCAAAACAGUUCCUGCAAGGUUGUCUGAAUACAACAAGUUAUUUGGAGAACUAAAUAGUGAAGAGAAAAAAGAUAUGUGCAAGAUGCUGUCGAACAUAACCGAAAAAUCUGAAUACGUUUGUGAGAAAUAUUUAAUAAGUGCCUCUUGGGAUAUGAAAGCUGCUAUAAAUUUAUUUAUAAAGGAUUUUACCAGUAGCCCUAGUUAAGGAUAAAUAAAUAAAAUGGAUUAAGAUU